AUGGCGGAAUCUGAGUUUGGAUUCGGAUUUAAAGUUGUUGUUGUAGGUAAUAGUGGCGUUGGCAAAACAUCCGCAAUGCAGCGUUUCUUAUAUGGAAAAUUCCCAGAUACACAUAUCAAAUCUCUCGUCUCACAAUUUCAUGAGAAGUCAUUUGAUCUUAAAGAAACAGCCGAAACAAUAGAUUUAAUGAUAUGGGAUACACCAGGACGUGAGUGUCUUCAUCUUUUAGCAGAAGAUGCGUAUGUUAACGCAAACAUUGCAGUUAUUUUUUAUUCUGCAGUUGAUAAAGCUUCAUUUGAUGCGAUACCAACGUGGGUUGACGCAGUUAAAAAAGUUACAGGACCAAUUCAAUUUGUUUUAGUGGAAAACAAAGUUGAUCUUACAGACAAAUACGCAAUUGAUCCUGCAGAAGCCCAGACUAUGUCAAAACGCUUUGAUGCACCAUUAUUUAGAAUAAGUGUCAAAGAAAAUCUCAAUUUAAAGGCAUUAUUUACACAUCUCGCCUCAAUAUUACAAUCAAAGUACAUGACAUCAUUAAACCAACUUCCUCGUGGCGGAGAUGCUUUCUUCGUCAACGAAUUCGAAGAAUUAGAUUUGGGAGGCGACGAAGACAGCAUGCAAGCCAAGCCAGAGGAUAACCAGGGAGCAUGCAGAGUAGCUUAA